ACAACCAUCAAAUACAGAUUUUAUGGCUUAGACCGUGUCUAAUAUCAUCAAUGAAUUACUCCAAUGGUAAUUUUAAUCUCUUGACAAAAAUUGAUCAAUCAAUUGCUGCAUCACCUGUGUAGCUAUGGUCAUAUAUACCAGAUCAUGAGCUCAUAAUGAUAUACAACUUCACAUUCCAAACAACCAAUCCUGGCACGAUCAAACCGGAGCUCAAGGGUUGCCUAAAAGGAUGUUUAUAGCGCAAGUACUAAUGUUCUAGCUGCCUAAGCUUCAUCAAACAGAGCUCUCAUACGAAUAGCUUUCAGAUCCUAUAAAACUGAAGAACACCCCUCACUUCCACCCACUCUCCCGCCCUACCGCUCUCCUCCACCAAAUUUCCAUCGACACCAUCGCAAACAUGUCCGACUCACUCGGCCAGCUGUUCACACAACAGCCUCCAGUGCUCUUCCGAGUAGCUCAACUCGUCGGAAUUACCGGAAGUGCAUUUGUCUUCGGCCAAAAUGCGUUCCUCUCCUACGGCGCCUGUCCUACCAUUAUGGAAGCUCCCGCUCCCCUAGCUGCCCGCCAAUGGGUCAAAAUGUAUAACUCAGCACACAUCGUUGGCCCCAUCACCGCCAUUGCGAGCGGUCUCUCCGCCGCAUACGUUGCCUACAACCAGGCCCCCGAAUCCCUCGCCUUCAAACUCAACGUCGCGGCCGCCGUCCUCCUCCCCAGCAUCGUCCCCUUCACCUACGCCUUCAUCGUGCCCACCAACAAGAAGCUCUUCGCCAAAGCCGACUCCCUCGCCGCCACAUCUCUCGACAACAAGGCCGCGGAAGCCGGCGUCGCGAAGGAGGAGACAGUGCACGCGCUGAUUGACAAGUGGGCGACGCUGAACUUCGCGCGCGCGUUGAUCGUGGGUGCGGCGGCGCUGCUGGCGGCGUGGGCGGCGGCGGAUAAGAGGGAGGUUGUGGGGUUUAGGGAGAUUGCGUUGGAUGUUGGGGCGAAUAGGUUGGGGAAUUAGGAGGAUGGAUGUAUGUGUAGGAUGAGGGAAAGAGAGGGAGUGUGCUGCGGGGGUGUUUGGGAAAUAUUGUAUGUAUAUAUAUCACUCAGAAACCGUAAGAUUAUGUUAAGGUGGUUAUUUUCAUUUAGAAGUCAAUUCGCUCGGUAUACCUAGGUAGCCUUUGGCAUCCAUUGUCAGAAGAAAUUUCAAUUGAUUCCAUGUGCAUAACUUUUGAUAGAGCAUGCUCCGGCAGCAAUUCCAAUUUCCACUACCAGCCCGGGAUGCAGCACUCCCCUUUGCCAUGCCCAGCGCACAAGCAGAGCCCGUAGAAAGCUGAAAGAAAUUCCAAAACGCCCG